AUAAAGAAUGACAAGCUGGUGACGCGGCAGGUGAAAGGCAACGGGAAGCCGCUAGGCGUGAACGUGUUCGUGUUGUGUGUGGGCUCCAUGUCACAGAGCAGGUUCAAAACAAACCUGCCGCUCACCCACCGCUUCCUGGCGCAGGGACUGCGGGCCAGGGAGUUCCCGAAAUAUCACAUGGUGGGGAAGACUUCUGCCGCCAUGACAGCAGCCAUGACAGGUGAAGUUGAAAGUGAACUAGAGGCUGACAUUGAGAAGCAACAUUUCGGUUAUUACAAAGACGACUACCCCUGGCUGUGGAAGGAGUUCAAGACAGCUGGUUACGUUACGCUCCUAGCGGAGGAGAUGCCAAGUGCAUGGGGUAAAGAGAAGGGCGCGUUCCGUAACCAACCUACGGACCACUACCUCAGGCCCCUCCUCGUACAGGCGAAAAAAACCUUCGGAAACGAAGCGUGUGUAGGUUCCACCCCUGCCCACCAAGCAACACUGGACUACACCCGGGACUUCACCGACAAAUAUCACGACGGCCUGAUGUUCGUCCUGACCUCCAUUCACGAAACAUCCCGAACACAGCGAAGUGCGGCCGACUUCGCCGCGAUCGACUCCGACAUCUCCUCCCUACUCAAGUUUUGGCAACACAAACAACUUCUGCAAAACUCCAUCGUGGUCGUCUUCUCGGAUCUCGUGGACGUGGCCACCGAGGGCGGGACGGAGGACGACACAGUCUUACCAUUCAUGAGCAUCGCGCUGCCUCCCCGCAUCAACGAUCAGUACCCCGACAUCAUGGCUAACUUCAAGGUCAACCAAAAUAGGUCUUCGUCACCGUACGACCUUCACCAGACGCUCCUGGAGGUGCUGGACUUCAAGCCUCGGCAGAAGGGACAGUACUCUCGCGAGAGCAGCCUCUUCCACGAGAUUCCCGCCGACAGGAGCUGCCAACAGGCGGGGAUUCCAAAAGAACACUGCAGGGGCAAAUACACCGUACAUCCAGAAAUAUAGCCUCUCAAACAGUAGAGCGACAGCUAACCUCGCUCACCAGGCUGCAGUCCGGCCUUAGCCUCAGGCACGCCCAGCCUGUUGGAUCGGCUUUGCUUGAGGCUAAGACCGGGAUUG